AUGACUUGGAAUCCAAGAAAAAAAAAUUACUUAAAUUUAAAACCAUCUCUAGCACCACCACUGCUUUCAGUCACAGAAGACCGUGAUCUUAACUUGGCUGUCCAACGUUUGAUGCACGUAGAAGCUACAAUCCGAAAAUUGACCAAAGAAACAAAACGUUAUCUCGAAGCGAUAACAAAUUUGGACCGUGCUGAUCAACGGCUGACGACAAAUCUCAGCGCCUGUGAAUUGAUCCACAUAAAUGAUGAAUUUCGUCACAUUGUCGAGGAAUAUUUAACCAUAACAACUCAGGUGGGUAAAACGGUCCAGGAUGUCAAUCUGCUGUCCCAUAAAACGUUUAUAGAGCCUCUAAAAAAAUUGCGCGAUGAAUUUGCACUCAUCGCCGAAGCACUCGCCAAGCGAGAAGAGAUAGUCAAUACCUGGAGAACGGCACACAAUCGGUUGAAGAAGCUUCAAGAGAAGAAGGAUAAAACGGCGAGUCAUGUCGUCAAAUUAGAGCGCGAAAAACGGGCCGAAGAAGCAGCAGCAAAGGAAUUAAAGUCUAUACACUCGCGAUUAUUAGUCGAGUUGCCCUGGUUUCUGGAAAAAAGGCUUGACUACAUAAAACCUUCGAUCAAUGCUUUAAUUAUGAUACAGUUGGACUAUUAUGGCAAUACUAUGAAAUUGUUCAACCAGCUCAUGCCACUUGGGAACUAUACCUCUGAUGAUGAAGAUGCGCUGGUUAAUGAGCAAUUUACUCGGAUUAAAAGUUUGACCAUUGUCAAAGAUCAUUGA